AUGAGUGAGAAAUCGCUUUCGAAAAUUCGAGCUGUUGUUUUCGAUUUCGGUGGAGUUAUCAUGUCAUAUUCAUUAGUGAGUCGAAUGAUCGAGGAAAUGUCAAUGAAAAUCGGCAUACCAAUCGAGAAGUUUUUAGAGGGGAAAACACAGUUAUGGACUCGCUUUGAGAAGUGUUUUGAGUUGAUGAGCGGUGAGAUCACCGCAAAAGAGUUCGAGGAAACAAUUUGGAUUCAGGCCAUCAGUCAAGUGUACGGAAUCCAAGUGACAGAGCCGAUUCGAUGGUUGACAGUGAAAGAGAAACAGCAGGGUGUCUUGAACGAAUGCAUGCUUCUUUUGUUGAGAGAUCUUCGUAAAAAUGGCUACAAAACGGCUCUCCUGUCGAAUUGCUUUUUCAUGAAUGCGCGAAGUGUGGAACCGAUUCUGCCGAUUGAUUACUCUCUCUAUUUCGAUACUGUCAUUGAGAGCUGUCAAGUUGGAACUCACAAACCGAAUCGAGAUAUUUUCGAGCUCAUGCACUCCAGAUUGGGCGAUUUGGGUAUUGGCGAACCUGAUGAGGUGCUAUUUCUCGAUGAUUUACCCGAGUACUGCGCGGCAGCUGAAAUGAUCGGCUGGAAUACGGUGCAAGUAAAAUCCCCAUCUGAAGCUGUAGAGAAAGUUCGGGAAUUGUUGAACUUGCCUACGUCAGAACUAUUAAAAGUUGAGAAGAAUCUAGGAAAAAUCGAGUUAGAAAUGAAAAAAACGAUCACUGAAAUAGGGAAA